GAAGCACUUGCCUGUGUUAAGUUUGGUCAGGACCUGUUCUCCAAAAACCCAGGUUCUCUACGUCAUCUUAUGGCUCUUAUGUGUGAGCUUUUCUGAGUGCGACAACACCAGUGAUAAUGGUGACAAGGACGUCCAACAUCAUAAGUCUGAAAAGAAGUCUAAAGGUGGGAAAAAAAUGCAGAAAAAUGUGACGCAUGUAACUUAAUCUCCUUUUGUACUUUGUAUUGUGGUGAAAUGGGUUUAAUUUAUAAAUUCCACAGCAGUUAAUCUUUGCUGAAGUUUUCAGUUCGUGUGCUAAUCGUGGCAUUUUAUUGUUCUCAUGGGGGCAGGGAGAACAGCGCACUCCUCCAAGUGGAGGAGGACCAGUGAGAGAGCAAACAAGAGAUAAGAGCUGCAUUUAAGUUUCCCAUUCCUCAGCUCCCAGAGAAGCUUGUAGGAGUAGAAGGUGAAGAGGUUCAAUCUCUCAAGGAUGAGAGGGAAGCAAUUUAGACACUGACAUCACGUGAUGCCUGCACUUUGUUACAGUGUUAUUUCAUGAACUUACAGUAAAUGUUCUCUCCAAACAGCGUAUUGGCAUCCCGCACCUCUACCACCUGCUGCUCCUACUCUGUUAAUCAGGAUGUGUGUGAGAAAUAGUGUGUACACCAUAUAUGUAUUUGAUCAUGAUUUGAUUCCCCCUACUAGAGAUAGUGGGCACCUACCAUGUAAUUGGGGACCUAGUUACUUCUAGAAAACUACAUGUCUGAAAGCUGGAAUUGCUGUUACAUCUGCCUCUGGGUGACUGUGGGCCACUCUGGAUCUGUGUGUCAUCAGUGAUAUAUUCUUUGCAUCUGUUAUAGACACUUAAUACCCACUGGUUUGAAGGGAAUGUCUCUGUCCUCUAACUGACAAAUUAAGCUGGAAAGGGCUGUUGUCUGCAAGCUGUGAGCAGUUUGUAUUAGGGAACUAACUUCUGGUGGUAUUUAAUUUUAGACAUCAUAGAAAUGGGUUUUUCCUUUCAUGUAUUUGUGGAAUUUCAUAAAUAGGCAGCUAUGUAUAUUUCUGAGCUUCAGUCUUUGUACAGAUUAAGCACUUGAGACUGCUAGCUGCAGUAUUAUUAUGUACGUGAAAUGUCAUGGUAAUUGUUUGGAAUGCAAUGGUGAUCAUCUGGGGCAUCUUUCCCUGUAUGUCUCCACUGGCAUUCUCAUUGUUUUGCUGUAAGAAGCACAAUGAUACACUCCCGUUUCCUAUCAGGUGACAGCAUGUGUAGAAAACUUGUAAAAGAGGAAAAGAAUUGCUGUAACAGUGUGUUACCAGUUUGGUUUUCCCUCUAGUGAUCUAUGGUUUUGGCAGUUUCAGUGGCAGUGUAUAUUUGUGCAACAUUCAGGCCCUUAUGAGGGCCUUUUGAAUCAAAGCAAAUUAAUUUUGAAAGCCAGUUUCAGAAGUAUUUACUGAGAAGCCAGAAUCUGCAUUGAAUGUAAUUUCAGCUCUGCAAUGUAUGAAAUUAUGUCCAUUAUUUUAAUGCAUGCACACUUGCUUUGACCAACCACAGAGCAUAACAAUUUCCUCCCUGAUUGUACAGUACAUGGAUUUUAGGUGGGUUUUUUUCAGUGUUCUGCAAGUGAAAUUGCAGUCCUUGAUGUUAUUUGUGUAAUCCAAAUGCUGUGCUGUGACACAGGUUCCUAAAGUUUUUGGAUAUUGUUUUUUGAUAUUGCACUUUAAGAUGUCUUAAUCAGCUGAACAUGUUUUUCUACAUAUUAAAGAUAUUUACUAAUUUGCACUGAUCUGUUGCUUUACUUUCAGUAUAAAUUGUUCAUUCCUUGAUGACAUAAAUAAUGCAACAGGACACAUUUCUUGUACAUCACUGGAAAAACUAUCACGGGGCUGAUACACAGCUGUAUCCAGCUGCUGUACAGUAUUCAGGAAGGUGUGAAUUGAGUAACCUGUAUACUCAUCAGCCAGCUAGAAAAUAAUUUUCUCUGUAAAAUUAUGUACUGUGUAAUGGUACGAAGUGUAAAAGGGUGACUUAUGUCUAUUACAUAUGGAACAGUAUUCUUUGAUUCUUUUCCUGAGGCUUUUUUCCAAAACAGCUUAGUAAUUUACCACCUAUCUGGCUGGGUAAUUUUUACCGGAACAAUUUAGGUUACGCAUGUUGCUCAAGGGUACUACAGCAUGAGGCGAAUUCAGAACUGGAGGGUGCAGCUCUACCUACUAAGCCACCUGCUGCCCCUGUAUUUUAGUAUAGUUUUUCCAAUCCUUUUUAUUUUUGAGUAAUUACAAUAUUUUCAUAAGCGUGCUCAUCUGUGCUAUUACUUUUUGUGUAAGCUGACAUCCCUAAAGUCUGUAUGGUGGACAAGCAGAUCUUCACAUGUUGCACCCAUCACUCAUGAGCUGAGUUAGGAAAGUUCAACUCCACCUUCGGCCUCAGGGGGGCAGCAAAAUGCUCCCCGUUACGCCAUCAGACUGAGUCACAGUCAUGUGACACGUGGGCCUACUGGAGGUGAGUGGACUGUAAAUACCCUCAUGUCUGUGUCUCUGUCUCUGCCUUUAUCUCUUUCCUUCUGUCCCUCCAUUGCCCUCCUUCAUCCUUUCUCUUUUCUUCUGAUUUUGCCGCAGGUUUAACAGCAGCUGGAGCAGGGAUAACAACCCGCUGCAAUACUGGGCCAGAUGUCUCUGGUCCGCAGCCCCCCUGGGUGCCGGCGUCUGGGGGCAGAGGCGGUCCUGAGUGAUAUAAAGGUCAAUCUGCUGGAGUGCAAAGUGUGCUUUGAGACUUUCUGCGGGCAGCAGGGGCAGCGGCGGCCGCGGAUGCUCCCUUGUGGACACGUGCUCUGUGCACAGUGCCUCUCUGUGCUCUCGCAGCCCCUGUUGUCGAGGUUGGAGUGCCCUUUCUGCAGACGCCUGUAUGCCGUAGCCAAUGUGUCAGACUGCCUGCCCCUGUCUGAGCUCUCUGAGCUCUUGCUGCGCGGGACCCCCGGCCCCCUUUGUGGUCGCGGCACCAGCAGCUGCGCCGGGGGCCUAGCGACAGGGUCCUUGCACCUGCGCUUCGCCUUUGGGGGCUGGGGAAAGCUGCUCAAUCCCACAGCGAUCGCCGUAUUCCCGUCCUCAGGGGCACUGACAAUAGUGCACGAUGGUGACAACAGGGUGGUGGUCUUCAGCCCUAAGGGCAAGCGGCUGCACGGGUUUGGGCAGCGAGGAUGCACCCCAGCAGAGAUCUGUCACCCCCUAGGUGUGGCCGUGGCACCUAGCGGCCACGUGGUGGUGACGGACGCAGGUGACUGUGCCGUGAAGGUGUUCACCUCUAGGGGGCGUAGUGUGGUGAUGAUACGGGACUCCUUCCAGCUACCUUGGGGAGUGGUUGUGGAUGAGAGGGGGCACAUACUGGUGACGGACGCCAGAGCGGGCACGCUCUCCGAGAUUGUGGUGGACUUUGCCCGUAGCGUGACGGUCCUGAACCGCGUGGCUCUCGCUGAGCUGCAGUGUCCCCGCGCGGUGGCCUGCUGCCCGGUUACCGGGAAUGUUGUGAUUGUGGAGCACGCAGAGGGCUUGGUAGACAAGCAGAGGGGUUCCAGGUCUGAUCAUCUCAGACUAUUCAGCAAGGAGCUCACCCUCCUCUCUCAGAUUGACAGCUUUGGCCUGAGCCUGGUGUCUCCAGUGCGAUUUUCUGCCUCCGCUGUGGCAUUUGACAGAUGUGGGGAUGUAAUUGUGGCGGACGUGGAACAGGGUGUGAUCUGGAGUUUGGGGAAAUUAAACAAUUCCCCAGUCCUCACUGCACUAAUAAGCCACGGUUUGGUGUUCCCUGUUGGACUUGUGGCCACAGCGCAGAACACGCUGAUUGUCCUAGACAGUGGUGAUCACGCCGUGAAAAUAUACACAGCUAAUUCAGAUGUGACGAGGAACGAGCAAUAAAUCUUUAAAAUCCCGGAGGCUGAGAUUGCUUGCAACUUCAUAAGUUUAUUCACUCAGGUACAGCUCACAGGUCAGACAAGCAUACGCCUUUAGAGAUUAGGGACAGCAUUAGUACGUAACAAUCAAAAACACCCACGUACACCGAGCCAAGCAGUUUUUGCAUAAUUUCUUUUGAGAUAAUUGCAUCAAUAUUCCAAGUCAAUGUGUCAUAUUUGCCAGACUAAGCACAGAGUUCACAGCUGAACGAAGUUUUGAUUCUCUUCACAUAUAUUGUACCUGUGAUAAUUUGAAACUGAUUGCUGUAAUAUUAUAUAAUAAACAAUCCUAAAUCGUCUUUGUGGUGUCUUCCAAACUGAUGCUGGUGUUUAUUACAAAAUAAACUAGUGAAGCCACAAAUGUUCCUUUGGUGUGUCUUGUGUGUGGGGAAACAUAUAAAAUAAUGGUAAUUGCAAUGAAUACAUUGUCUACCAAUUACAUAACUACGUUAUUGUAGUGUGGACAUAUGUACAAAACCAUGCAUGGAAUAAUUGUUUAAACUUAGUGUCUGACUAACCACACACACUUUCUGAACCGCUUGUCCCAUACGGGGUCGCGGGGAACCGGAG